AUGGAUAAAUUUGAUAGACCAAUUGUGAAUAAAAUACUUGAUUAUGUAGUUAAUUUAUUUUCUAAAUCCGUAUUAGAUCAAUUAGCAGUUAAAACAUUAAUAUUAAUCGAUUUUGAUGAUUAUUUACGUGUAUUUGAUGACAAUGAAAUAGAGUUCGCUGACACUAUCAAAUCGUCGUCACAAUUACCAUCUUUCGGUCUAGCAUUAAGUCGUCGUUCAUCAGUAUCUUUGACAAAUUCACAUGCAACAAAUUUAUGUCAUUUAUCUGAUAAAGUUUUUCGUUCAUAUUUAACAACAAUUCAAGAUACAUUUUUAUCUCGGACGUCAUCAGAACUUGCAUUACAAUCAGCAAGUGAAUUUCGUUUAAUACCUAAUAAUUUAGCUAUUUUCUCUUAUGAAUAUCGUUUAUAUUUAAAUCUGUUAACACCAUCUGAUAUUCGUACACGUCUUGAUCAACUUCCACAAAUAAAUAAUACGGAUGUUUCAUCACCAUUACUUCGUCUUCGUAUUGAAUUACUAAUUCGUGUUCACACAUGUUUUAUUAAUUCAUAUCAUAUGGAAGGAAUAUGUUUCGUACUUGAUCAUGCUCGUCAUAUAACAAUUUGA